UUGCGUGUCCCCAGUAGAGGGAGCUCCAAAAACUUCUAGGGACAAUCCCUAGUAGUUUUUGAUUAUUUCAAAACUUCUAGGGACAAUGUCCCUAGUGUCCCUAGUGGUGGUGACGCCCAUGAUUGAGAUCAUUGAUGUCACACACAUGUCUAUGCACUUGUUUGCUGAUCGCUAACGUUUGUAGCAUCAAUCAAUAUAUGCAAAUGUGUUCUCCAGGUUUUGGUGGCACUCUUCAUUGUCCCCACUGCGACUUCAGCUGUUUGGGACAACAUCGUCUGGACAAACACUUGAAGAGACGACACGGCCAAAGCGUGAAAGGCAGAUUCAAGUGCAAGUGGUGUUCUUACGUCACCGACUAUCCCGGCCUCAUAACACGGCACCGAAGGACUCACGCGGAAGAACGGCCGUACCUCUGUGAUGUGUGCGGCAAAACGUUUUCUCAACAAGUCGGUCUGACCACUCACCGUCGUGUGCACACCGGUCAGAGUCCGUGCAAGUGUGAUAUCUGUGGGAAGGCGUUCACACGGUCCGGUACCCUGACGAUGCACAGACGUGUCCACGUUGGCGAGAAGGUCCGGCAGUGUGAACAGUCUGGUGCCGCUUGUUCAGGUAUAUCUAACGACAGAGAACACGGGACACCUCGUAUUCGUGUGACGCCCCACCAGUGCCCUGAGUGUUCGGCCAGUUUUGGUAAUCGUGCACAUCUCAUUAGACACAUGCGGACCCACACAGGAGAGAAGCCGUUUGGCUGCUCAUUAUGCACGAGACGAUUUUCUCUUCGAUCAGCCCUCACCGUACACAUGCGAACCCAUACAGGGGGGAAACCGCACGGCUGCUCUAUUUGCCCGGCACGGUUCGCCGAGCGUAAAAGCCUCACUGUACACAUGCGAACCCAUACAGGAGAGAAGCCGUUUGGCUGCUCCAUUUGCCAGGCACGAUUUGCUCAGCGGUCAGCCCUCAUCAAUCACAUGCGUAUCCAUACAGGGGAGAAGCCGUAUGGCUGCUCUAUUUGCCCGGCACGGUUCACUGAGCGGUCAAGCCUCACUGUACACAUGCGAACCCAUACAGGAGAGAAGCCGUUUGGCUGCUCCAUUUGCCAGGCACGAUUUGCUCAUCGGUCAGCCCUCAUUAAUCACACGCGUAUCCAUACAGGGGAGAAGCCGUAUGGCUGCUCUAUUUGCCAGGCACGAUUCACUGAGCGGCGGCAUCUCACCGUACACAUGCGAACCCACUCAGGAGAGAAGCCGUUUGGCUGCUCUAUUUGCCCGGCACAGUUCACCCAGCGUUCAACCCUCACCAACCACAUGCGGACCCACACAGGGGAGAAGCCUUUUGGCUGCUCCAUUUGCCCGGCACGUUAUGCUCAGCAAUCGGCUCUCACCGUACACAUGCGAACCCAUACAGGAGAGAAGCCGUUUGGCUGCUCCAUUUGCCCGGCACGGUUUGCUCUUCGUUCAAUUCUCACCAUUCACAUGCGGUCCCACACAGGGGAGAAGCCGUUUGGCUGCUCCGUUUGCCCGGCACGUUUUGCUCAGCGAUCGGGUCUCAGCGGCCACAUCAGGACCCACACAGGAGAGAAGCCGUUUGGCUGCUCCAUUUGCCCGGCACGGUUUGCUCUUCGUUCAAAUCUCACCAGUCACAUGCGGACCCACACAUGGUAGAGGCCUUUUGACUGCUCCAUGUGUCCGGCACGGUUUGCUCAGCUUUCGCAUCUCACCAGUCACAUGAGGACACAUACAGGGUAGAAGCCGUUUGGCCGCUCCAUGUGCCCGGCACGGUUCGUUCAACGGUCGGCCCGA